AUGAAGUAUAAUCACCCUCCUCCAGUUUAUACUGCUAAUGACGUUGAAGAAUGUUUGGAAGUUGAACCAUCAACACUCUACUCAGAUGAACGGCAAUCCCACCUUCAACCGCCACUAAAAGAUUUUCCUCAAGAACCCAAACCUGCUAAGAAGACAUACAUUUACACUGUCGGAAAGAAACUGGAAAGCGGUUCUGAAAAUAUGAAAGUGAUCCAGAUUGACGAGCCUGGCGAUGUCGUGAUCGUCGGCAACGAAGAUCGGGUUGAUUUUACCGGAGCCAUCGUAUACUCGUGUAUUGUCAUCUUUUGCUUUGGCUGGAUUUGCGGACUGAUUGCCUUCAUUCUUGCAAGCCUGACCAUUGGAAUCAUAGUCAUUGUGACCCUCCUGGCUAUGAGAUCGGAUAACAAAUAA